GUUAGCAUCGUAGCAUUUUUUUUAGUUAUAGCCAAACGAACCGCAUAUGUCAUCAGGAAAAGGAAACGAUUGCGGUUAGGGUUCGAACUUCACACCUCUUCUGCAAUCGAUAGUUCUGAAUCUCUGAGCUCGAGUGUGUGGUUGUCAAUGGCGGAUCCGUAUCAGAAAGUGAAGGGAGGGAGGCUCACCUUCAAAGGCGGAGCUAUUGCUACUCUCAGCAAAUCCAUAGACAAGAAAAAGACUAAGAAGAAGACUAAGAACAAAGACAAUCCCAAGUAUUCACUCGACGGAGGUUCUGAAUUUCCGCCGCCGCCGGAGGAGGAGGAGGCUGCUGGUGGUGGCGGUGAGGGUUCUGGUGCUGCUGGAGGAGAGAUAUACACGAUUGAUGCAGCGAAGCGUAUGAAUUACGAAGAACUGUUCCCGGUUGAGACCAAGAAGAGAGGUUACGAUCCUAAGUCUUCGAAUGUACGGUCUGCUGAGGACGCUCUCGAUGAUCGAGUCAAGAAGAAAGCUGAUCGUUACUGUAAAUAAAUUACCCAAAAAAAAAAAUGAUGUCUUUUUGUAUCCAAUUCCAUCCCAUUCAGGCAUGCAUACAGCGAAAUGUGAAGGUCAAGCUUGCAGGGGUUUUUCUGCUUCUGCUUUCGCCCUCUGUGCUCCACCACUAUGUUUUCAGGGGUUUUGCCUAGACCCGCACAUUGAAAAGUACGAUCUAUGCAAUGCAACGAAGUUUGUACUUUGAUCUUAUCUGAGAAUCUUGUAUUUUGGUUUCUUGUGAUUUGUAGUGUAAGUUGUAGUAGAUAGCUGAUGAUGGUCAUAAACCCAGUCAAUGAGAUUGUUUGUGCUCAAGAAAAUGUCCUUUUUCUACAAUUAGGCAUACAUUGUGUUUGCUUGAAGUAGGUCGGCUGCAUUCAUUCUGUUUGGGAGGUGGAUGGACCAGACACCCCAUAUUUCAAGGUGAGAUGAGUUCAGGCGUUUGCAAUCCUGGCUUAAAACUUGGGGUGCUCAGAUCAAGUUCUCUACUUGUAAGUCCAUUUUGGCUGUUACCGGGUAGUGAGUGGACAUUUUGUUUUCUAUAUCAUUUUAAAAUAUAGCUCUGGCUUGGCUUUUGCAUGA